AUGGCUUUGGAAGACCUUGCCGCUGAACCUGCUUUUGCUGAAAUUCUGAUCAAAAGCGUCACAGUCUAUGAUUCAAUGGUGUCACCAAUGAAGGUUGUCUCAACUGGUGCCAGGGAAUGGAGAAAUGUUUUCACUGCUGAACAAUUACCAGCCAUUUUCAAGUCUUACAUGGACGGUUCGAAGAAGGCCUGUAUUAUUGCGAGUGCAAUGGUAGGUAUGAUUUUCCUUGUGGUAUUUGGUGAUAAACGCCACUACUUGAAGAAAUGCAACGCCUCUAAGGCUGCAAAAGAUAAAGAAAGAAGUGUGAAUCGGCAUGAAGAAUUUGGGGACACAAAUGAGAUAUAG